UCUCUCACCGCGUUGAUGAAUAGCGAUUCGUUUCGAUGGCGCAAGGGGAUUUCCUCGUCAGCAAUGGGCCGCAGGAGGAUCGCGUCUUCCGUCUUCGAAACACCGAGCUGGAGAUCGGCUGCGAAUCCAUUUCCUCCGAAUGGACCACCGACUCGGAAGCUGAACGGACCAUUCAGCAAGAGCAGUUGGGGAGCAGAGGAAUUAUCGAAGAAAAGCAGAACCGAAGAAAGCGGAAGAAGCGUGCCUGGCGUUUGCGGCACUGGGUGCGACGAGCUGACGACAGCGGGAGCAGUGGGAGCAGCGAGUCGGACAGCAGCAGCACCAGCAGUGGCAGUUCCAGCAGCACCGAUGGCGGAGAAAUCGGAAGCUUCAAGCGCCAGCGGCAGCAGGUGCAGCAGCAAUGGAAGAUGAUCAAAGGCCACAAGUCCAACUUUUCACCGCCUGACAGCGCUCCGACUCUUCCGAGCGAAGAGCUUCCACUGCUACGGACUGGUACUGCGACCCCUCCUCCAGCUACUGGGGGCCUGAGUUGGUUUGAUUCUUCCAAGAAGUAUCGGGCCUUCGCUGUGGCUCACGGAUUCUUGCAGCUGCAAGAUAUCGAGGCCAACCCCGGCUUUGUGGAGUUGCGAAAGAUCGCAGUGGCCAAGGACAUCUCCAGUUUGUUGGCCAAGUGCGAGUCUGCCAACAGAAUGGUGUUGAACACAGAAGGUUUGCUCAUGGACCUGGGCGUGGGCAAUGAGGUGCACGUUGUGCGACAAUUUGGUUCCAGUGGUCCAGGGAUGUCCAACAGGUGGACUGGCCGCGACAACGCCCAAGAAGAAGUGAGUGCAGCAGAGCGUCAGAUCAGACACAACAGCAGCACCCUGGCCAUCUGGGCCUAUGCUGCAGCCCUGCUGGCGCCCAUGGUUCCACCACGGCGCGCCGAGUCGCAGGUCUCCUCCAGUCGAGCCUCCAGAAGCUCCACGAAUAGUCGAAAGCGGCUGCUGCCCUCGCCCAUCGACCAGGCCAUUCGUCGCGAGCUGGUGGGCGAUGGCAUCGCCUUAGAGGAGGUAGUCGCCAACAAGCGUGCCUCUGGGUGGGCGGUGAAGCAACGGCAAGCACAACGAAAUGACUUGGGCCACUUUUGCUAUGGCUGCAGGCAAUUGCUGAGAGACCUCAACGAAGAGGUGACAGUGUGGACAGGUGCUGCCAUCUAUCGCCGCUUCCAUCCGGCCUGCGCGGCGUCCUACAUGCUGCGUGCUGAUGGAUGCGAGGAAGGAAGGCAUGAUAUCGUGGAAGGUUAUGCUGACGGCUGGCGUGCUCCCAGGGAGCAUGUCAGACCCGUGGAAGCUGCCCGGCAAUGGCUUCUCUCAGAGGACCAGCGUGCCUGGGGCUCCUUGCGGGGAGAUCUCUUCACCACCGUGACGGUGACCGAGAAUGGCAAGAAAAAGGCGGUCCCUGGGCUUUCCCAUGAACAGCUCAGAAUACUUCAAACGAAGCAUAGGUGGGUGGAAGAUGCUGAGCCCGGAGGUGACUCCGGGCCCCUGGAGUGCGCUAUCUGCUUUUGUGCUCCCGGCUCUGGAACGUGCGUCAGGCUGCCGUGUGCCCCUCAGCACGUGUUUCACCUGAGCUGCGUUCUGCCCUGGCUGAAGAAGGCUUCUCUGUGCCCCACCUGCCGCACGGAUCUGCGAUCCCUGCUGGAUCAAACGCGACCCAGGUGCAGCCCGAUCUUGGAUGCCGAAAAAUCUUGAGGCGUCCAAGGAAAA